AUCCCUUUAUUGGGCAAUCAGUCCCGCCUGCUUGGGUUCGCCAGGGGAGGAAGGGGCUUUGUAUGGGACGAGGGAAUAACUAAGCUGCUUUAACGGGAUUAGUCCUUAGCUCCUGGCAGUUGUGUCCGUUAGGUACAGAACUCGGCAGUCUGACAGGAAGUGACGCGCUUGUUGUGAAGGUUGAGCGCCUCUGCAGGGCGAAGACGAGUAGUUCGUUACCGACCAUGGACGGCGUACUGGACAGCUUCGAGUUUGCAGCGCCCGCGGUCUUCUUUACAAUCGUAGCUCUCCUGUUGGCUGCUCUUCUUUGGAGAAGAAGGGAAUCGCUGGCGUCAGUAACCGCGGAAGGAGUAGAGACUGCAGUGGACAAAUUGGAGCCCACCGGCGAGGGGGAACCAGUGAUCGAGGAGCAGGAGGAUGCGACUUCUUGGGAUGACGCCGCGGCCAGCACCGCAGAAGACAAGGGAAGAGAAGACGACAGUUUGGAUGUGGAGAUGUCCGGAGGUUUUCCUGAAGCGGAGCCUGCUGAAAGCGAGAUGGAGAAAGAAGUGAAUGAGGGUGAAGGAGGAGAGGACCACCUGAAAUACAGGCCAGGAAAACUUAGGGGAAGCCGAUUAGAAAUGAUGAUGACCAAGGAAGAGCGAGAAGAAGAGCAAAGAGUGCAACGGGAGCAGCUUGCUGCCAUCUUCCAACUGCUGCAGGCGAAGAGAGAGACAUUUGGGGAAAUGUCACCAGGAGACAUGGAGGAACAACUGAAAUUGUACUCCAAAGAGAUGCUUGGUGAAGCCACGGAUGGAAGCGCCAAUGAACAGCUUGGACUCCACAUGCCAUUGAUGGACUUGUAGGACCUUCAUCCAAAAAAAGGAGCGUCAACUGUGUUAGUGAGAAUAGUGGAUUGCUUUAUUCUUAUGAAAACAGGUACCCAUUGCCACUCUUGGUGACUUGUUGCCCAGAUAUUUCUAACUCUUUUUAGACCUUUUCCUUUGAGUGAAGGCAGCAGAGUGACUCUAAGUCUUGUAAGCAUGCUGGGCUGUGCCUAGAAGACCUGACGUUGAGAAGCAGUUGGGUGUCGCAUUGCUAAAUCCUCACUACCAUCUUAAUGGACUUUGCAACCACUGAAGACCAUAGCACUGGCUACCUCAAUUUAGGGUUUUCUCUUGUCUUUCUGUGCAGGUGGACCUUUAUUAUAUGUAAAGAAGACUUGAACACGUGUCCCGUGGGGCUAAUUGAAUGUAAGUGACUCCUUAGGCCUUGCCUGGCUGCACACACCCUCAGGUUUGACUGCUUAAGGCUACUGCUUCAAUCAGACGGGCCUGUAAUCAGGCCUUUAGGGAUGUGCGGUAAGCAACAUAUCAUAUUGGCAGUACACCUUUUGGGGAAAAUUUACCGAUGUACAAUAUAGUGCCCAUAAAAAUUAUUCACCACCUUGGGAGUUUUUCCAUUUUAUUUUUAUACAGCAUUGAAUCCAGGUGGAUUUAAUUUAAUUUUUUUUGACACUGAUGAACAGGUAUGUCAAAGUGAAAACAGAUCUCUGCAAAGUGGUCUAAAUUAAGAGUACAAAACACAAAAUGGUUGAUCACGUAAGUCUUCACCCCCCUCAAGUCAGUGUGUAGUAGAUGACAGCCAUGAGUUUGUGUGCUCCCAUGAAGAACCCGGACAAAGGUUGCUGUCUGUACAGUCCUUCAAAUCGGAACCACUGUAGCUUGUUACUUCCUCCGAGUUCUCUUGGUGGCCUCCAUCAUUGGUUGUCUUCAGUUUUUGUGGAUGGCCCGCUCAAGACAGAUUUCCAGCUCUGCCAUACUCUUUUCAUUUCUUAAUGACCGAUUUAUCUGGAUUUUCAUUGACUUGGAAUUUUUUUUCACUGCCAUCUCCUGACUUGUGCUUUUCACGGAUUUGCUUGGCCUGUUCUUUUUAUCUUUACUGUGUAAUUUAGCCCACCAUACAGACUCCCACAAGUCAGCCUUUUAGUCCAUCUAGAUGACCAUCAAUUGAAAUCCUAGACAGGUGACCUCCAUUGAACUAAUUUUGUGACUUCUAAAACCAGUUGGUGGCACCAGUGAUGAUUUAGGGGUGUCAUAUUAAAGGGGGUGAAUACGUAUGUUUUUUUGUUUUAUAUUUGUAAUUAAUUUAGACCACUUCCACAGAGAUCUGUGUUCCCUUUGACAUUAAAGAGUCUUUUUCUAUUGCCCAGUGUCAGAAACGUCAAAUGAAAUCCACCAGGAUACAUCAGUGUGUUUACAUGUACAGUGGUAUCUCGGAAUAAGUCCAACUUGGUAUACGUCCUGUUUGGACGCGAAAAAUUUUGCUUGGUAUAUGACCUUUGUUUGGAAUAUGACUCGCGUGCUAGAACUCUGUGUGCUACCCUUGUUUACCUCUCUCAAGACAAAGCCACGAGUGCCCACAAGCGUCAGUGCGCCAGUUGCUAGCAUUCAGUGAUAACUCUCUGUGAAUUUUCACGUGAUUUUGUGUUUGCGUAUCCGGGACUUGGCUGCUGCAUACCGUAUGCCGAGAACGACGGUAUCUACGAUUGUGAAAAAGACGUUAUUAAAUCGGCUAACGCUGUGAAGGGGGCGAAAUCGAUUACCAAACAAAUAUCAGGGACAUUACAGCAUGUUGAAAAAUUUUCUUUUGAUCUGCAUAACAAACAGUGCGCUGGCGAUAGCGUAUCGGAGGCAAUGGUUUCCUUCCAAACAAUAACAUCUCCUACUCCUCCUCGCUUCUCAGCACCAUCCUAGUAGGCACUUGACUCUUCUCAGCAAGGUAAAGUGAGGUUAUAUUUUCAUUUAUUUCAUCUAAUUAUUUUUGUAUUUAUGUAUUUUAGUAUUAAGCAGUGUUUAAAUUAUUUUAUACAACCCCAUCAAUGUAUAAUAUGACAAUAACAAUAGGAUUUUUGUUCAUGGGAACGGAUUAAUCAUGUUCCCUUUAUUUCUUAUGGGAAAAAUUUGUUUGGUAUAAGUCCAAGGAUCUGGAACGAAUUAAGGACGUAUACUGAGGUACCACUGUACUUUAACAACUUGGUUAUUCACAGAAUCACAGUUUCUAAAAUGCUAUGUAAACCCUUAACCUGGUUUCUCCAACCACAAUAACAGAUGUAGACUCCUCCACGAAUAACCCGGAUAUUUGGCCAUUUAAACCCUUAAAUGAUACACUUAAGGACUUUGUAGUCUGCACAUGUCUGCUGUGCUCUGUUCACCUGUUUAACUUCAUUCUCUUUCUCAGCAACCACAGGUAGAAGCAUUUACAACAUACAUUUCCUGAUGUAAACGCUUGGGUAUUCGAAUUAGUCCUUCUCCUGGUUCAAUCAAUUUGUCUGAGUAUUUCAGAAAUUGGUAAAUUGAUGAGAUGAAUGUACAGAGCUAAACUCGGCAGCACGGUCUCUAGAGUGGUAGGGUAACACAUUAAAAGUAAAGUGUCUUGCAUAGUCUGAUCACUUUUUAAAGUAACAUGUAACCUAAUGCAUAUCUUAUUGAAGUCAAAAUUCAUGCGUUAUUAUUAUCCUGGUAGCACUGGGUGUAAGUCAAGAAGCACAUGUACCAAUUUGCUGCUCCUUUCUAGGGACUCACUCGCACAGCCAAGCAGAAAAGAGUGUGCUGCAUGCAAUCCGGUAAUCAAUUUCUAUGAAUGAAGAGUCCGUCUGGUUUUCAUCCAGCUAUUUGCUUUAGAUGUGUUGAAAUGGUGUGAAUCAGGUGAUGCAGCAGCCAGUGUUCCUAUCGUGAAUCAUCAGCAUCCCAGAUCGAGGAUCUAAAAAGGGUUGCGUCGUUCUUUGCUUUAGAGCGCAUGAAGGGCUAAACAUGAUUAUAAAACACUAGCUGUGUAAGCCUGUGCUGUAAAAAGCCUGGGGUCCUAGAAACUAUUGAAAUCGUCAGGGAAAAAAAAUCGAAAUGUACAGAUGUCGGGUAAUUGAAAGGAGCUACUCUGGACAACUCUCUCCUAGGAGGUUUCGUUUUGCCGACAUGCUCGCCUUGCUCGUCUAUUAGCGGCUAAGCGAGAUUCUGUUUCCUCGGAGGUGGAGCCCUUACCCUGACUCCACCUCUCACUUCUGGGCCGGACAGACAGACAGACACACUUCCAUUUGUAGACGUUUAUAUAUGAGACAAGAAAAUAACCAGCUUCAUGCUCGUGGUGGCCAACGAUGAAGUCUAUGGUCGGGUUUACACUUGACUCUCAGAACGCUUAUGUGCACGCAUCAUGGCUGCCACAUGUUCCUUGUGCUCAUUUGAAAAAUUCCUCGGAGCACAUUGUCAGAAAUUAACACCACGCAAUGCACGAGUUGUAGCAAGAGCAAAAAUCUGGGGGGCGGUGUGGUGUGUUCAAGUUGUUACGUGACAUCUGCAUCGUUAUUUACUAUCGACAUCUACAUGGUGACAGACGUGCCUGUCAGAACAGCUAGUUUCAAAUUGCCAGCUCUUUGAAAGUGGAUGUGGAAAUGUGCAAGUCAAAAUGGAAACGAUUCGAGACAGAUGCGUCUAUGCAAAGCGGAAAUUGCCAGAGAAAAGUGCGGAUUCGGCCGUUGCGUGAUGAUGCAGUGUGAUGGCAAGCCACGUUGCAGCUCCAGCAGGAUCAAUAUGCGUGCUUCUAUGUUUGAUGAAUGGUUUGAUGCUGUGAAGCAAAUUGUUGCACAUAAAUGCUGACAUGAAAGUGUUCGUGGUACUUUUCUUCAUUCAUUUGUCGCAUAGGCAAUACAAACGUUGCAUGUUCUCCAUCGUAAUGACGCGAUACAUUUAAAGGUCUCGCAUACUAUCUUCUGUGUGGCUGUUGCCAUCUUUUUUUGCACGUUUUUCCCCUCAACUUACAACACAGUGAAACCAGACGUCGUUUUCUCACUGUGAUGAUGUCUCACACUGCCUUCUGGUGGAAUCCUCCAGAUUUACAUAAAGUAUGUGCACAAGUAUAGUCCGUACAAUGCUUGUGUAGCAGCAGCGCCCUCAAGUCUUGUGGCUUUAAGCAUAUCCCGAACCCAACUCUUUUAUGAUAAAGGAGAACUCCUGAUGCAAACUCCUCCAUGUAAACCGAGGUCUUUAAGAAGCUGGGUUACUUGCCUUAUCCCGGUUUUCUGUGUGCAUGUAAACGCACUGAAUGUUGUGUAACAACACGUGGAAACUUCCAAGGGCGUGAAUAUUUUUAAUUGCCGUAUGCCUUUGAGAAAUAUCACAAUAUGCAAUAUUUUUUUCUGAAAGAAACUGCGUGGCUUGUCAGAACAAUUAAGAAUUGAUGAUUUUGCACUUUCAGUGUUCUAGCUUGAAAUAAGAAAUUAAUUGAAUUGUAAUUUAAUUUAACCUCUGUUAGGAAUUCUUCCAUUUCUACCUUUUGUUUCUAAAAGCGCUAUAUAAAUGUAAUGAAUUAUUAUUAUUAUUACUGUUUGUAAAGCCCUUUGAGCUUCACUUUUCAAACUCUUUGUAAAGCUCUUUUGAAAGACAAUGUGCUAUAUAAAUGCCUUCUGGCUGUUGUUAUUA